AUUUGUAAGGGAGAUAACCGGUGUGGGGAUAAAAUUUACCAGGACAGAAUAGUCCGUUAGGAAAAAGACUUACUAAAAGUCAAAAGAACUAUAGUAACAAGUAUUUCGAGUUGAAAUGGGUAAAAGACGAAUUGGAGUUGUUGGAUAUGGACAUCUAGGUCAGUAUCUCGUGCAACAGGUAUUAGCAAAUGAUAAUCUAGAGCUUGCGUUUGUUUGGAAUAGAACGGCGUCUGCGCUUGACGGACACGUGGACAAACAAUAUAUUCUACAGGAACUUGAUACAUUUCAUGAAAGGGAAGCCGACCUGAUUGUAGAGGUGGCACAUCCGUGUAUUACCCGAGAUUAUGGCGAACGAUUCCUUAAACAUGCUGAUUAUAUGAUUGGCUCCCCAACAGCAAUGGCGGAUGUGGACAUAGAACGGAAGUUACGUGCGGCAGCCAAUCAAAACGGAUUGUAUGUACCUAGCGGUGCAUUAUGGGGCGGAGAGGACAUACGCCGAAUGGCGGAUAGAGGAACGCUACAGGCAUUAAAAGUAACGAUGAAAAAGCCACCACAGUCACUCAAGUUGAAUGAGCCUUUAAAAAGCAAAAAUGACGCCGUUAAAGAUACAGCAGAGGUUUUAUAUGAUGGACCUGUUCGGGAAUUGUGCCCAUUGGCUCCAAAUAAUGUUAACACAAUGGCGGCCGCUGCGGUAGCGGCUCACAACCUGGGCUUCGACAACGUUCAAGGUUCGAUUAUCUCAGAUCCAAGGUUAACGGAAUGGCACGUGGUACAAGUCGAUGUUUGGGGACCAGGAAAUAUAGCAGACGACACCGCAUUCCAUUGUCAAACUGUCCGUCGAAAUCCUGCCAAAAUUGGGGCGGUAACUGGAUCAGCCACCUAUGCGUCAUUCUUGUCCAGCAUGAUCGGUGCUCACGGGAAGGGACCUGGCGUUCAUUUAUGUUAGAAUUACAUGUAUAUUCAGGUUCUACAGUAUUUCAAAACAGUAUUAUAUUUAGGAAAAUGGGGCCAUUUGCAGUUUUCAUUUGUGCAAAAGUAUAGAUCUGUAUAAUUAUGUAUGUUAUG